AUGUGGGACUGGUUGUUCGAUAAUAUAAAAUUGUUCAGCAAUGUCGUGUUUAGCAUCGAGUUGGCGUUGGCAGUUCCGAAUUUGGCGUUGAAUGUUUAUUUCGCCGUCCGGUUGUACAGAUUGGCAACGAUCAAUCCCAAUUUGAAGGUUAUUUUGGUGAGUUUUUACUAAUACCGGUUACUGAACGGUUUAGGAAAGCCCCGGAGUGAUUUUGGCGGCAUGCACUUUGAGAAAAGAAAAGCUCAGUUUGCACUGUGCAAUUUUGUUUUUUUUUGUCUGUCGCUCGCAUCCUGAGUUUUCUUGCACAGUGUACUACUAGUCGCGGAAAAAAGUCCUGGGAAUUUUCUGCGACUCUGCACUGUGCAUGAACCCGAAAAGUGCUUUUGCACAGUGCAAUUUUGUUGAUUUUGGCUUAUUGUCGCGCGCGAUUCCCGUGUUUCGCAGCGACAAAUCAACUUUUCGGAGCGCGACGGCCGCGAGAAAUUCCCAGGACUUUUUUCCGCGACUAGUAGUCGCGACAUAAAGUCCGUAGAAUUUUUCGCGGCCCCCAAAUUCCGUCGCGCUCCGAAAUGUUGAUUUGUCGCUGCGAAAAACGGGAAUCGCGCGCGACAAUAAGGCAAAAUCAACAAAAUUGCACAGUGCAAAAUGUGUUUCGGGUGAAUGCACAGUGCAAAAUGCUUUUUCGGGUUUAUGCACAGUGCAGAAAAUUCUACGGACUUUAUGUCGCGACUAGUAUGUCGAAGAAAUCACUCCAGCGACUAUAAAAACGGACUAUUAUUUUUUUAAUAAAAGAUGUGCGCCUUGCAAUUGAAUUCUUUCCCAAAUUUUGCAGGCAUACCUCAAGCUGGCCAGAUUUGGACAAUGCUUGAAGGGCGACGCACGUCAAGCUGAGACAAGCCAAAACAGUCCCGUAAAUGGAUUGGCAAUCUGCCAAAAAAAGACGCGAAAAAACGUUUUGUCGGGGAAGAAAUGGGGAAUUUUUGGGGCGGGAUAGUACGUUUUUGCGUGUCUUUUUUCUCUCUUUCUCUGCGAAAUCAAGACGAAUUGUAAAAACCCGAUAGCGAAGAGUCUAUUCCGGUCACCGGACUCCUCAGUUUGACGUGCGACGGUCAGUUAAAACUUGGCACAAAUCUGGGUUAGGAUUAAUUGUUUGACAUAUAUGCGAGAGUUCUAGCUCGCGCUUAGCAGAAAUAGCUGUGAUUUUUAGGUCAAAACGGAAUCAAAAAAAGAUAUUAAAUAUAUUUCUUUGUGAUUUUAAAAUUUAGACUUUUUUUGUGAGGUUUGAAAUUAAAGACCCAUUUGUAACAAAGAGUUCAAAGAUUACACAAAAAAAACUCGAAAUGGUCUGUAUUGGCCAAAAAAAUCCUCUAUGUUGCUCUCCGUAUUUCGCGUACUCUCUCACAAAAUUAAAUUUUUCAUAAAAUUUUUGGUUGCUUUUUUUCGCGUUCCCAAGAAAGACAUAUAGAAACAUUUUACUUUAAUAUUCCAGGUGACAGAAUCGCUAUUUUUUGGCUACUCAACCUUUGCUCAUGCCAUUGCAAACUUUAUUCCAAAGGAAUCCGUUAGAUAUGCGGAUGGUAAUUACGUUGUCGCCACGAUAUUCCAUACAGCUAUGUGGAUAACUGUGGUAUCUCAUUUCUAUUUUGACAUGAAGUAUACGUUAGUUGCGAUUGAGCGGACAAUUGCGUUCAAGAGAAGGGCAACGUACGAAAUGGAAGGAGGCAAUGUUGGGAAUAAACUAUUUUGGAUAGCCUUUCUGAUUUCGAUUGUUUCGGGUGUUGUGAGAUCGGUUUUUACUUGGAGAUUAAAUGCACAUUUGGAGCUUGACGAGAGGUUGCGGAAGGUUACAAUGAUGGACAAAUAUAUACCUGGAUUGCUGUUAUCGUAUAAUAUAGCCUGCGUUGGAAUGUUCUACGCAAUUUUUGUGAGUUUUUAAGAUCGAGACCUUUAUUUGUAUAUGCAUUUAAUUUCUUUUUCAUUUUGAAAAUCCUUUUGAAAAAUUGAUAAUAUUGUGACAUUCUGCGACGUUUAAAAAAAGCAAUAACUUCGUGUGCAAAAAAAUUAAUAACGAAAUUUUUACAUUUUUUUGUUAUAAAAUUGUGUUUUUAUCUCUAUGCAAGAUUUGCAAGGCAGUUAUACCUUUCCAGGAACUUUGUGACAUUUCGUCCAAAAAAUCAAUAACAAAAUGUCACAAGACAAAAAUUGCCAGAAAUACUAACCAAGCUGUUUAUUGUUCGAAAUAGUAUGUAUUACUGUCAAAAUUUAUACUUUUCGUCGUAUUUUAGGUGUUCUACCGCCUCUCCAAGCAAGUCAGCAACCUCCAUUCCCUAUCCCUCUCCGAAAGCUAUGAAAUGCGCCAGAUAAUGUCGGUGUUGGCGUGGUUGAAACGCCUAAUAAAAGCCUUCUUCAUCGGAGUUCUGGCCAAUCUGCCGUCUAUCAACCUCAUUUCUUACCUUCACUUUAAUCGUGGCUAUGAUGAAGACGACCCUUUGAUUUUAUUUAUCCUCACUGUGAGUGUUUACACUUUACGCUACUGUACAUGUUGUCAUAGUGGUGAUUAACUGUAAUUUUGGGGUUUUGCAGGUUGUCUUCACCGUUACCGAUGUGUACUGCUUAAUUACAACCUUAUACAUGUAUCAAGAAUUCCCUCAGCUACGCAACGCUGUUUGCAAAGAUUUCCCUUGCCUUAAAAUUUCGAAACCGGCCAAAGUCUUAACUACAACGGAACGGAAUGCCAUGUACUUUGACAGUCUGCGAUCAUCGUGGAAACAUCCUCAUGACUCAAAAAAACUUUGA